UCGCUCCGCCCCCGGAAGCUCCCUGCGCAGCUCUCCGGACUCGUGCGCGCGACGCGGGGAGCCGCGUGCAGGCUUGGGGGGGGGGCGCGCCUGUACGUCCGUGUGUGCGACUGGGCCCACGAACGCUCCAGCUCCCAGGUGAGCGUCGCGCGGACUUCCUCGCUACGACCCUGCCGGCUAGCAACACGCCACAACCUAGCUCCCGUUCGGGUUCCGUUUGCGGUCUCCGGAGCCCCGGCAGCUGCCAGCACUCGGGACACAUUUUUAUCAUCAUGGAUCGGUUUGGAGAUAUAUCAGAUGGUGAAGUGGACCAUUCUUUUUUUGAUAGUGACUUUGAAGAAGCAAAGAAAUGUGAAAAUAACCUAGUUUUUGACAAGCAAAGUGAUGACUCUAAAGAGAGAAUAGUUAAGGAUACAGAAAAUACGAACUUGACAUUUGGAAUACAAACAAAGGAAAAUUAUCUUACUGACAAAGGAAAUGAAAGAAACAUGAAAAAUCUUCCAGAUGAACAUCUUGUAGAGAAUGACAUAGAGACCAGAAGUUCUUUAUCAUUGACCAAUUCAAGAUCAAAAGAAUUGUUUGAUGCUACAACAAGGCAUAAAAUACAUUUGCCCGUUCCAAAUAGAAUUCCCAAAAUUGUAAAAGAAGGUGAGGAUGACUACUACACGGAUGGAGAGGAAAGCAGUGAUGAUGGAAAAAAGCGUCAUGUGAGAUCCAAGUCAGCUAAACCAUCUCAUAACUUAAAAAAAAGCAUGAAUAAAAAAUAUUCCAAAAUUAGUUCCUCCUCUUCUUCUUUGUCUUCCUCAUCUUCAAGUUUAGGUACAGACUGUUCAGAUGCAGGACCUGAUAUUUCUAAAUCUCAUUCACGUCCAUCAUCAAAGAAACAUACAAUAACCCUCUUAUCACCAAAACAAAAAUAUAAAUCAGGAAUAAAAUCAACAGGAACACAACCUUCAAGUACUAAGCCAAAAAUUGGUGACUAUACUGAGGAAUCUGAAGAUACUGUGACAGAUGUGACUCCUUUAUCAACUCCAGACAUCAGCCCUGUUCAGUCUUUUGAACUGGGCACAUCACAUGACCAAAAAGUAAAAGUUAAAAGACAGGAAAAUGUGAGUCAAGGAUUAUAUGAACAUGUUGAGGUUUUAAAAAAUGAUUCAAAAUGCUUGAAAGGCAAGAAAGGGAAGGAAAAACAUGGGUCUGAUUUCACCCUGAAGUCGCCAGUAUUAGAUUCCAGUUCAGAUCACAGGUGUAAGCAAAAAGUCUUACAUGACACAAUGGACCUAAAUCAUCUUUUAAAAGCUUUCCUGCAAUUAGAUAAAAAGGAGCCACAAAAACAUCACUUUGAUCAGCCUCCAGUAGUACCUAGGAAGAACUUUUCUUUCACCAGAGAAGAGGUGAGACAGAUUGAUUAGGAAAAUCAGAGGCUUUUGAAAGAACUGUCAAGACAAGCUGAAAAACCAGGAAACAAAAGUGCAAUUCCCAGAAGAUCAAUUGGUCAUCCCCCUAAGUUAUAUCAUAGUGCUCUCAACAGACAGAGGGAACAACAAAGGAUUGAAAGAGAAAAUUUGGCUUUAUUGAAAAGGCUUGAAGCUGUGAAGCCCACAGUUGGUAUGAAACGCUCAGAACAGCUGAUGGAUUAUCAUCGCAAUAUGGGUUAUCUCAACCCAGCACCUUCCUCCAGAAGAGUGAGGUCUAUGCUUGGACAGUAUAGCCCAUUAAGAGGGGCUUCCCGGACAUCCAGUGCUACCAGUGGCCUCAGUUGUAAGACUGAGCCAUCGGGUUCUGACACAUCUAACAACUUGUUGCUGAGACCUAAACCUCCUAAUGUCCAUGCUGCUUGGUUAUAAAGCCUUUUUCUUUUUACUUCAAACAUUUAUCACCCAAUUUUUAUUGAUGUGUUUUUGUG